CUUGAUUUUUAGUAAAAUAAAAAUCGCAUAUUUAAACAAAUAGAAAAUUAAAAAAUGUGUCAAAUGAAGUAUCAUACUUACUCUAACUAUGUAUGAUAAACAUUUUGAUGAAGUUAUAUGUUUUAUAAAUACUUACGAGAAGUUGAUAAAUUGUCAUAUAGUUGAUUUUAUUACUGAAAAUUUAUGGGAGACAUGUUUGCCAGACCCAUUAAGGUCAGAAUUAGAAAAAAAUGAAAUAAAUUGUGAUUAUUGGACAGAAAAUGACAAUUAUCCUAUAUUAAAUAAUUUUAUAAAAUUGACAAGGUCUCUUUCUUUGCAAUCAUGUUCCAUAGAAAUAGAUUCAAAGGAAUUUACACAUGUGUUACCAGAUGUUGGUAAUUGGAAGAAAUUUAAAUGCAAAAGUGCAAAAAUGGAUUUUAUGAAUGCUAAGAAAUUACAUGAAGUUGAAUCCCUUGGAAAUAUUAUUGGAACAAUUGCAGCAUCAACUGAUAAUCUGGUAAUAGAUGCUGGUGCUGGUAAAGCAUAUUUGUCAACAUUUUUAGCAGAGAAUCAUAAAAUUCCAGUUCUUGCAAUAGAUUCUUCACAAUCAUGUAGCAAUGGAGCAAUUUGUAAACAGAAACAAUUAAAGAAGAAAAUGACAUGCUCUCAAAAUUUGGUACAGUAUGUAGUAGAAGAAAUAAAUGAGAAAACUAACUAUAUUAACAUGAUUAAGCAACGUUUUUGUGAUUGGAAUAUAAAUAGGAAUCUCAUAUUAACUGGUUUACAUACAUGUGGUUCUCUAACUCAUUCAGCUAUUAAAACAUUUUUGGUUACUGAAGAUAUUAGAAUUUUGUGCAUUGUGCCUUGUUGUUAUCACUUGACAAAUGAAACGUUUAGCAGAAGGAUCAGUUUUUCUAAGAAUGCUAGAAUGUUAGCUCAACAAUGCAUUGAAAGAAGCAGAAAAAAUAAAAUUAUGCCAUCAUCAUUAUUCUAUAGAGCAAUUUUACAAGUGAUCCUUCGUUCUAUGGGCAUCUACGAUGCCAGAGUAGGUCGUGGAGGGCCUUUAAAUGAUUUCAUAAGUUACGCGCGAUGGGCAUUCUCACGAAUUGGAGUAAAACCAGAAAAAAUACUGUCAGAGGAGGAGUUGAUAAAUGUAUACCAACUCUAUAUGCCUCUUAUGAAAAAAUUUUAUGUAUUUCAAAUGUUAAGAGUACAUAUUGGUCUUGUAUUAGAAGCAGCUAUUAUGCUUGAUAGAAUGAUAUUUUUACAAGAGAGCAAUGGGUGCUCCAAACUUGCAAUAUUGCGUUUAUUCGAUCCUGUGUUAUCACCAAGACAUUAUGGUAUUAUUGCAAUCAAAUAGGAACGAAAAAGAAAACUCAGGAUAGGAAAACUGACUAAAUAUGAAUAAUGAAGUUACGUAUCGUCGUCUUCGGUGCAUUGAAGGUAAUCCAUAACGGACGAGUAUCCUUCCUCUUGCGCUACAGGAGCUAAAA